AAUGUCAAGACUGCACCUGAUGGUUGAUAUUUUUGGACCUGGCAAGGCUUAUGCUGCUUACACCACAGGCUGAGCUGACCUGGAAUCAAAAAUGAAUUGGGCGUCUUUUUACGCCGUAAUCAGCGGUGUAAAUAGACAUUCGACAGGCAUUGGCCGCAUCUGGCUCUCUGUCAUCUUCAUCUUUCGCAUUCUGGUUUUGGUAGUGGCUGCUGAAAGUGUGUGGGGUGAUGAGAAGUCUGGCUUCACCUGCAACACCCAGCAGCCUGGUUGCAACAGUGUGUGUUAUGACCAGUUCUUCCCAAUCUCUCAUAUCCGUCUCUGGGCCCUGCAACUGAUUCUUGUCUCAACGCCAGCACUACUGGUAGCUAUGCAUGUUGCUCAUCGUCGGCACAUCGACAAAAAGAUCCUCAAAUUAUCAGGACGAGGUGGCACUAAGGAGUUUGAACAAUUAAAGAAUCAGAAAUUCAAGAUUACUGGUGCACUUUGGUGGACGUAUAUGAUAAGCAUAAUUUUUCGCAUAAUUUUUGAGGUGACAUUCUUGUACAUAUUUUAUGUAAUCUACCCUGAUUUCAAAAUGGUCCGUCUUGUUAAGUGUGAUUCUUAUCCCUGCCCUAACACAGUGGACUGCUUUGUUUCUCGUCCAACAGAGAAGACCAUCUUUACGGUCUUCAUGCUGGUGGUCUCUGGGGUUUGUGUUUUGCUAAACAUCGCAGAGGUGCUGUAUUUGAUAGGUAGAGCAUGUGCCCGCUACUUGCAGAAACCGGAAGGAGAUGCACAAGGACCUUGGAUCACUCAAAUGCUGUCCCCCUACAAGCAAAAUGAAAUCAAUCAGCUCAUAUCAGAGCAUUCAUUUAAGCCCAGAUUGAAUUUGGCCAGAAAGAGCCCUGCUGACAAGGGGGAGAGAUGUUCUGCCUUUUAGCUGCUGCCUUUUAGCUGCUACCAUGUGAGGUUUCACUAAUCAUUGGUAACUAACUUGGAGUUUCAGUAAUCAUCACCAGUGUCAUCUUUAUUAAUUUAUUGCAUUAAUGUUAAAUUAUACAAACAUGUUUGAUUUUUGCACUUUUCAAUGAGAAGCAAUUAAAAAAUGACAAUGGUGAAGAGCAACAUCUAGAUAUAUUUUCUGAAGCCUUGGUUGAAGAAUGUGAAGGUUCAGGUAAAAGAAGAAGAAACAGCCUAAUAUUGAUACAAUUGUUGUCUUCCCGAGGAUAUUUUUUAGUUUUUCUUUUGGAAGACUCAAUAAUAUGUUACAGUUAAUAUGUAAAAAAAACCCACUCAUAUUUAAUGUGAUGUUAAA